AAAGGAUUUUCGAUCUUUAAAAGCUUGUAUUAUCUGCGGUGUAAUUAGCAUUUCAAUGGAACUGAUUCGGUAGAGAAAGAUAGUAUUUUAUAAGCUAGCUAUAGUGUGGAGCGAUCAUAUCGAUACUAUUUAGGUUUAAUUUCAAUUACGUUGUGCUUUCGGCAUGUGUAAAAUUCAAACUUAGAGUGGAUAUUACUUAAGUUUCACCCGUGCAGAGACAAUGCCGCAUGACAUCGGACCGGAACUCCGCUUGGCGCGACCCCGCACCCACCAUGGCUAUGUGUCCGCCGUGCCGCGCUCCAAACCGCCUUCGGGCAGCUACAGGAGCGCUUCCGCUUCCGGUUCGCGGAAAACGGAGCCUGAAACAUCCACCACGCCGAACGAAGGAGACUAUAAUAUAGAACUGCUGGAGUACGAAUGGCCAGACCUGCCUCCUAUAAUUGACAUGAAAGACGCCGUGUGUCGGAAACGUGUUAGCCAGGGGAUAAACUACAUUCUUCCUGUGGAUAAGUCCAACAAUUCUAUCAACAACAAAUUUAGGACAGAUCUUAGAGCUAUGUUUCAGGAACCUUAUGCGACCGAGGGGACAACGUAUGACGAUAAUAGAAUUAUUCAAAGUGCCAAAGUACAUUUUACAACAAACGCUGUCGAUACGCGAUGGACUACUGAACAGAUGAUAAGUGUUCCUGUGUGUCUGAAUUCUGAGUCCGAAAACGCACGGAAGAUGUACGCACACUCGGCGCCGGCGGGCGGGCGCUCCCGGUCAACCAUGGACCCGGAAAAGGUGCAGCCGCGCUCGGGUCUCUUCCUGCCGAUAAAAACUUCCGCCCAUCCGGAGGGACAGAAAAUCCGCCGGAAGAUGGAGCGAAUCUCCAUCCCCUAUAUGGUAGACCAGGAAAUAGACACUGACCGCGGAACAAGUAAAAAGGAAACAGUGAGUAAAGUGGGAAAAGACAAUGUAGGUAAAACCAAAGGACGGUCAGAGGCAUCGGGGAAGGAUAAAAAUGCUCAACCCAGAAGAAGUGUUACCAAGUUCCGGGCAAGUGUAUCUGAACAAUCAAGUCCCCUUGUGCCUGAAAAACGCGCAGUGAAAUUUUCAGCAGAGGAUUUUAACUCUUAUGACCAAUUACGGAAUGCUAAGCCGCCGAAGAAUUGGAUACCGGACAUGUUUAAGUCUGAACAUUUGUCGAAAGAGAAAAAUCAGAGUAUUUGGGACUGGUUGCACUAUGGUGAAAGCAUAACUGAUUUCGAAUAUUUUCUAUCUGUUUGUGGAUAAUAAAUGUGACAAAACUUA